AUGAAAUAUUUUGAAAAAGGAAUUAACUAAAUUUGUGCAUAAAUCAUUCGGCCUUUAAGAGCCGAAUAUCAACAAUAUGAUUUGGGUAUUUGUUACUUUCAAUGGAUCACAUAGGACCAAUUUAAGAUUAAACAUACACGAGAAAUGAUUUUGAUUUAGUAAAUCAUUGCCAACAGAGAAUAAAAGUUUCAUUAUUUUAAGGUAAUGUUUAAAGUGAUGUUUGCAUCAUUUAUUUGCAUUCAGCUAAUGGUUGUAGAUUAGAAGCCUUAAGAUAUGUGAAUGAAGUUCUUAAUUAAAAUUAUAUGUUUCUUACUUUUGAUUUCACUGGAAGUGGUCUAUCAGAUGGCAAUCAAGUUACUUAUGGUUUUAGAGAAAUUUAUGAUUUACAAACUGUCAUUACACAUAUUACUCAAUAUGCCAAAACUAUUGUAUUAUGGGGAAGAUCUAUGGGUUCUGUUGUUGCUUUGCUCUAUAUGUAAUAAUUUAAAAAUCUUUUUGUUAAGUGUUUAGUUCUUGACAGUCCCUUUAUAUGUUUGUAAGAUGUAUUAAAUUUUCAUAUUUAAGAUUGUAGUACAAAUGGCAUCCAAAAGAACUAAAAUUCCAAAUUUCAUUCUUAACUCUUUAUCCUCUUAUGUGUCAGAUGAAAUCAAAAAUCAAUGUGGUUUCACUCUCAAUGAGAUAAACUGGUAAUUCUAUUUUAUUAUAUUUCUAGUUUAAAUAAUUUAAAACUUAUUAAAAUACCUGCCUUUUUUAUUACUUCAAAUAUUGAUUCAGUAGUUUCGCAUGAAUAAACUGAAAAACUCUUUAAUAAUUACUAAGGAAUCAAAACUAUCUAUUACACUAAUCAAGAUCACAAUGAAACUAGAGAUUUUGCGUUAGUAGAUAAAAUUCUAUGUUGGCUGAAUUAAUAAUUGUAGAGUGUCGGCUAGAGAAUUAAAUAGAAAAUAAUCUUCAAAGAUCAUCCUAUUCCUAUCAAAUUGAUUGAUCUCAAUAGUUUCAAUAAUAAAGAGAGAUCCUCAACUUUUGAUGGUAAAAAUGAUAUUAUUUUAGAUAAUAGAAUUAUUUCAAUUUCUCCAAAGCAAAAAAUAACUGAUACAUAAUAGAGAUUUUAAUAGGUUCUUUAAACAUAGAGAUCUGCAUUAAUUGAAAGAUCGAUAUCAACUAAUAAAAUGAACAUUUCUGUAGAAGUUUAUGAUACAAAUUAAAUCAAGUUGUUAAAUUAAAAUAGAUAAAAAUAAUAAAACUAUUUUAAUUAACAUACUAAACCUAUCACUUUUACAAAAGUACCUAACAAAACUAGAGAUUCAAGUCAUCAUCGAUAUUGA